UGCCUUUAGUAUUGACAAUGAUAUAGUCACUACUAUAUAAACAAGACACUCAAGUUGUCCUUCAAUGCAACCCCUCCUCCAAGUAAAGAGAAAAAACCAAAUCCAUGGGAAGCUUCAUUUCAUCAUCUAUUCUCCUUCUCUUCCUAUUAUUUCCCACCAUCAUUCAACAUGCCAAGCCGGCCAUGUCUCUCCCUUUGUCAACGAAUUCACGUUGGAUCGUGGACGAGGAAGGGCGACGUGUGAAGCUAGCAUGCGUGAACUGGGUGUCACACCUCGAACCAGUAGUUGCAGAAGGGCUGAGCAAGCAGCCAAUGGAUAUGAUCUCCAAACGGAUUGUGACAAUGGGGUUCAAUUGCGUUAGGUUCACUUGGCCACUGUUUCUGAUCACCAAUGACUCUUUAGCCUCUCUCACCGUUAGACAAUCGUUUCAAAGACUUGGUCUGCUUGAAUCCAUCGCUGGAAUCCAAUCCAACAACCCUUCCAUCAUCGACGUUUCCCUCAUCAAAGCUUACCAGGCAGUGGUGUCUAGCCUUGGAAAGAACGAUGUAAUGGUCAUACUUGACAAUCACUUAAGCAAGCCCGGUUGGUGUUGCAGUGACUUCGAUGGCAAUGGUUUCUUUGGUGAUCAGUACUUCAACCCUGAUCUAUGGAUCACUGGGCUGACUCGGAUGGCCACCCUAUUCAAUGGUGUCACCAAUGUGGUUGGCAUGAGCUUGAGAAAUGAGCUCAGAGGCCACAAACAAAACGUAAAUGACUGGUACAGGUACAUGCAGAAAGGAGCGGAAGCAGUUCACUCAGCAAACCCAGAUGUUCUAGUUAUACUUUCUGGGUUGAGUUACGACAGUGACCUGUCAUUCAUCCAAAAUCGACCAGCACAGCUCAGUUUUAGUGGGAAACUAGUAUUUGAGGUGCACUGGUAUGGCUUUUCGAAUGGGCAGACAUGGGUAACUGGUAACCCAAACCAAGUGUGUGGCAGAGUGGCGAAAGACAUGAUGAGGAGAUCAGGGUUUUUGGUGGAUCAAGGAUAUCCCUUGUUUGUGAGCGAGUAUGGGGUGGACCAAAGAGGAACCAAUGUAAAUGACAACAGGUACUUGAACUGCUUCUUAGGUGUGGCAGCUGAGCUUGACCUAGACUGGGCAUUGUGGACACUGGUUGGGAGCUAUUAUCUCAGAGAAGGCGUCAUUGGGUUAAACGAGUACUACGGGGUCUUGAAUUAUAACUGGUGUGAAACCAGGAAUUCAAGCUUCAUUAAGAGAAUUUCAGCUCUCCAGUCUCCUUUCCGUGGUCCAGGUCUAUCAGAAACCAAACUGCAUAAAGUCAUCUUCCAUCCGUCAACGGGGCUUUGUGUCAUAAGGAAAUCAUUUCUUGACCCUUUGCUCUUGGGUCCCUGUGCCAACUCUGAAUCUUGGAGCUACUCCUCCGACAAGACUUUGGUAGUAAAAGGAACUUAUUUCUGCUUACAAGCAGAUGAAUCCGGGACACUGGCGAAACUCGGUAUCUUCUGCAGUGACUCGAAUUCAAAAUGGGAAAUGAUAGCUGAUUCCAAGAUGCACCUCUCAUCUAAGCUCAGAAAUGGCAAAUCCAUUUGCCUAGAUGUAGACUCCAGCAAUGCUAUCGUCACAAACAGUUGCAAAUGCAUAAGUAAAGAUAACACAUGUGACCCUGCCAGCCAGUGGUUCAAACUCGUCGACAGCACAAGGAGCAGAAGUGAGGAACAAUCAUUCUUACAUUUUGACUCCAUCUUCGACUUGCCUGGGAAGGGUUUCCCCUCGAACCUUCUAGUUGUCUCUAUAUAAAAAGUGUAAAAAUAGAACGUCGGUAAUGACAAUAUAUCGCAAAAAAACAAAAAGAGAAAUAAAAAUAAAGAACAUAUAGAUUUUACGUGGAAAACUUUUCGGAAAAAAACCACAAGUAGAGGAGAAGAAAAUUCACUAUGUCGAAUUCGAAUAAUUACAAGAGGAGUAGACUAUGUCUAUUUAUAGGCUUGUAAAACCAUAUUCUAAUAAAAGUGUAGUAAGAUUGAAAUA